GGUAGGUACGUAAGUUAAGUAUCUAAUCUAUACGAAAGUUGCAUGUACACAUAAUACAUAUACCUACCUACCUACCAGACCCUAGGUACAUAUGUAAAUAGGGCAGCGCGAUUCCCAAAGCCAAGACGGGCUCCCGGGGGGAAGAGAAACCCCCCCCCCCCCAUGUCCUUGCCUGCCCUUGCCACGCUUUUGCCAUGUUUUUACCACGCUUGCCACGCUUUACCGACUAUCCGGUUCUCUCUUUUUCUUUUUUCUUCUUUCUUUUUAUACUGCUUGUUGCUUGUCGAAUCCAUACCCAGUAGUUUUAGUAACAUGUAUGUACGUAUAUGCAUAAGUAGCGGUGCAUGGGUUGGGGGAAGAGAGAGAGAGAGAGAGGGAGGGGCCUGUCAGUUAAUACGGCGUAGAAGGAAGGGAAAGGAAAAAGAAAUUAUUGGACCCUAGGAGGAGAGGGCCGAGGAUUUAAAUGGAUACAUAGCAUCGGAAUAAAAGACCAGUCGUUUCACAUACCAAGUAGGCUGGUUUGGUUUGGUUGGGUUGGGUUAGGUUAGGUUAGGCUGUGUUAGCAAAAAGGUUGGGUUGGGUUGGGUUUGGUUUGGUACAAUGGUUUGGGUCGGGGAGGUCACGAGACCGGGGAUGGGAGUAUAGGAAAGGAGUAUUAUUAAUAUUACUAUCAUUGCUAUAAUAAUAAAACACAACCC